AUGGCGGGCGCCGUACGAAACACCAUCUUCAACCCUCUCGUGGCACUCUUGGAAAAUGUCGUCUCCAGCGCAAACGACGCAUCCACGCCCGAGGCGACAGGCGUCCUCACACCCGUUCUCGCAGGCUUCAUCCAGUCCACGUUGCGUCAGAAGACGCUUUCAUUUGAGCCCUUUGCCGUCGACUUCCUCCAGACAAUGCUGGGCAUGAGGGAGAUUUCGUAUCGGGCUUUCCGCGGAAACCCUCAGCCUGUGCUCGAGUUCUUCGACGCCCUGCAUGUCACCGUCCGCGGCAAGCCUCUGCAUCGCAUGAACGCGAAUGCGCUCAGCUACAUCUCAUGUCGCCUAGACGCCAUGAAGGGUACUCGCGAGAUCCCCGUCGAGAACCUCUACCUCUGGCUAAGGGAGCUCAUGACCAUGGCCACUACCACAGCGCUCAUGGGUCAGAGCAACCCCCUGCUGCAAGAUGCAACGCUCGUGGAAGACCUUUAG